GAAUCACCACGAAGGCGCCGGUGGAGCAGGACACAGGGGCCAGCCAGCGGCGCUCGCCCGACCUGUCAGCCACCGCUGCCAAGUGCCUGGCCUCUGCCUACUCCCUGGGCCAUGGACUGACAGGCGGCAGGCACCGAGGGGCUCUUCUCUCCCCAGAGCUGCAGGACCUGGAGAGCCAUGGGGGUCACCAUGCUGGCGCCGGGCCACAGCCCUGAGCAGAGGCACAGGCUCGCUCUGCAGUGGAGGCAGGUCUCCUGGAUCACCUGCUGGAUCGCCCUACAUGCUGUGGAGGCCCUCCCCACCUGCCCUUUCUCCUGUAAGUGCGACAGCCGCAACCUGGAGGUGGACUGCAGUGGCCUAGGCCUCACCGUGGUGCCCCCAGACGUGCCUGCUGCCACCCGCACCCUCUUGCUCUUGAACAAUAAGCUGAGUGCCCUGCCAAGCUGGGCCUUCGCCAAUCUGUCCAGCCUGCAGCGGCUGGACCUGUCCAACAACUUCCUGGACCAGCUGCCCCGCUCCAUUUUUGCGGACCUGACGAAUCUGACGGAGCUGCAGCUGCGCAACAACAGUAUCAGGACCCUGGACAGGGACCUGCUGCAGCACUCGCCACUGCUGCGCCACCUGGACCUGUCCAUCAACGGCCUGGCCCAGCUGCCCCCGGGCCUUUUCGACGGACUCCCAGCUCUGCGCUCCCUCUCACUUCGCUCCAACCGCCUGCAGAACCUGGACCGGCUGACGUUUGAACCCCUGGCGAGCCUGCAGCUGCUGCAGGUUGGGGACAACCCCUGGGAGUGUGACUGUAACUUGCGUGAGUUCAAGCACUGGAUGGAGUGGUUCUCCUACCGAGGGGGGCGCCUGGACCAGCUUGCCUGCACCCUACCCAAGGAGCUGCGGGGGAAGGACAUGCGCAUGGUCCCCAUGGAGAUGUUCAACUACUGCUCCCAGCUGGAGGACCAGAACAGCUCAGCGGGCCUGGAUGUUCCUGGGCCAGCCUGCACCAAGGCCAGCCCAGAGCCUGCUAAGCCAAAGCCCAGGGCUGAGCCUGAGACAGAGCCCAGCACAGCCUGCCCCCAGAAGCAGAGGUACCGGCCCGUGAGCGUGAGGCGGGCCAUCGGCACUGUGAUCAUCGCAGGCGUCGUCUGCGGCGUCGUCUGCAUCAUGAUGGUGGUGGCCGCUGCCUAUGGCUGCAUUUAUGCCUCGCUCAUGGCCAAGUACCACCGGGAGCUCAAGAAGCGCCAGCCACUGAUGGGGGACCCCGAGGGCGAGCAUGAAGACCAGAAGCAGAUCUCUUCUGUGGCCUGAGAGCCCACCCCACCUGGCCAGGUAGGAAGGCAGGGAGAACACACCGGGCUGCUCCAGCAGGGCCAGUCCUUCCUUCUGUCAUGGUCCCUGCUUGGCUGGCAGUGGCCACCGCCUCCCCCCAGUUCCACUCUGCUCCCAGCCCCCAGCAGACAAGCCCGGCUGGGGCCCUCUCCAUGAACUUCAGGUCCUCCUGGAAGCCGCCGUGGCGCUGAAGCCUCCUGCUGAUGCUCCUCUCUGGGCCACCAGACCUUUGGAACCUCCGGGGGAUCUCCCUAAGCUUCUGGCCACAGGGAUGGACUGUGUGUGCAAGAGGGGGCUUCUGGACUGAGACUUCCUCUGUUCCCCUUCCUGCCCUGGGGGUAGUCACAGCUUGGAGACUCUCCCUACCUCUUGCCCUUCCCCACCUCGUCAGCAUUUAAGGGGUGGGGAGGGAGUGAUAAGGGGCCAGGGGUAGAUUUCUGUAACUCUCUCCUAAGCCAGACAGAUGUUUUUAACCCCCCUGCAGUGUGAAAGCGGGUCCAGCUCUCACCUGCUGGUACUAACAAGCAGACACACCAACCCUGUCACCUGGCCCUGGCACUUAGAAACACAGUGCUGUGAUAUAACGUUCUCCGUUGGCUGACGCCGCUACGCCCCUGUAUCUGCUGUGGACCACACUGACCACACCGCUCCUGGAGCCACUAACUCACUCCCACACACUCAUGGCAUCACCAGCACAGCCACACAGCGUGACACAACUCACACACACACACAGCCAUGUGGAGACAGCGCCGUGAGGGUGGGGGCGGCAGAGACACACUCCUCCCCUUGACCCGGGACCCGGGACCUCCUGCCUGCUCACUGCAGCCUUCUUGAGUCACAAGGAGGAAUACAAACCAAUAACACAAGGACCUCAGAGAUCUUCUCAAGUGGGCCAAAGUAGCUGCAGGAGGACUGCUGUCACCAUGGCAACCCAUCGCACCUCUCCUGCUGGGCUUCCUGGGGACACCGCCAGGAGGCCUGGGAGCUGCGGCACGUGGAUAGCACCCCCUGAGAGCCAGCCACACGCCAGAGGGUGCCUGCUCAGUCCUGCCCGGUGCAUCACCACUGCCAGGCCCCCUGGGGACACCUGCUAGUCCCUUCCUGUACCUGCAGCCUGAGCACCGUUCCUCUGUACCUCUCACCCCUCCCUCCCCAGCACCUUCCAGCCCAUGACCUCGGGACUGAGUUGUUCUCUGCAGUUGGUGGCACCCCCUGGGGAAAGGAGGUGGCAGGCAGAGAACUCAGUGGCCCUCACUGGGGCUCGCUGCCCACUGGCACACCCAAACAGACUGCAGGGCCAGGAGGAGGCAGCCACAUUCUGCUGAGGCUUUCACGACGGGGUUCCUUUCCCAGGGUUUAUCUGCUCAGGCUGCCUCCCCGGAGCUCCUAAUUGCCCCUGGAUUACAGUCCAAACCAGGGAGUGGGCCAGGGGUCCUGUCUGGAACAGAGAAAGCUGCCUCCAGCCCGUGCAGAUUUUCAGGGUCACUAAUCUCCCUUUCGAGGUCUGCCCUUCCCCUAGUCUGGGUGGGUACCUAGGUCUCCCUCUGCUGGACACUGCCUUCCUCAUGCCUAACGAGGGUUGCGACGGGGGUUACGGUGGUGGCACAGGAAGAGAUGAAGGAUCUGCAGAGGGUGUGAAGGGGCAGGCCCAGCUCACCUUGUCCCCUUCGACCCAGCCUACUCCUAAAGGAGCGUGGUGGGUGGGGCAGGCCGGGAAGGAAUGCCUUUGAGAAGGUCACCCUCCAGCAGGUGGACAGGGACACCCUGGGCCCUGGCUGCCUUCCCUAGGCUGGGGGCAAUGUCUUCCUCCUUCUUUUGGCUUGUGGGCUGACACCGGAUCUGGAGAUUUUCUAAAGGGAAGGGGGGAGGGGAGGGCUCGUCAGUGGUGGUAUCUUUAGCCCAAGACGGAAGAUUUUUAAAGGCAAAAUUAUAUUUCUGGUUUGUUGUUUCAGAAGACCAAUAAAGACUGUAUUUUCCUACGUA